UUGUCACGAUGGCGGAAGAACCACAAUACGCCCUAAAACGCAAAUACGAAGACCAACCCACCGCCACUGACAUUCAACUCGAAGUCGCAAACGCUAAACAGAAAGCUCAAGAAGCCGCCGCUCGGCUCCUCAGUGUCACCGGCGGCACUCCUCCACUUUCCUUCGAUCCUAAACGUUCCAAGUCCGAUAAUGGUGCUCCUCAAUCUGGCUUCGAUUCUUACGAUUUGAAGCCGCAAUAUUCAGCUGGUUCUUAUGGUGGUUCUAGUAAGAAGAUUGAGAUACCUAAUGGUAGGGUUGGGGUUCUUAUUGGGAAAGGAGGUGAGACUAUUAAGUAUCUUCAGUUGCAGUCUGGGGCUAAGAUUCAGGUUACUCGUGAUAUGGAUGCGGAUCCUAAUUCUACUACGAGGAUGGUUGAGCUUAUGGGUACUUCUGAUGCUGUUGCUUCUGCUGAGAAACUUAUCAAUGAAGUCCUUGCUGAGGCUGAAGCCGGGGCUUCUGCCGGUGGUGGUACUAGACGGAUGGCUGCACAAUCUGGGGGUGAUGAAUUUUCGAUGCAAAUCCCAAACAAUAAGGUCGGCCUUAUAAUUGGUAAAGGAGGAGAAACAAUUAAGAGUAUGCAAGCUUCUACUGGAGCACGGAUUCAGAUUACUUUUAAUGUUAAACACCAAUUGCGAAUGGAAGAUCGAAUUUGGAUCCAACUCCAAUCCGGCUCAGAAUUCCGGUGCGGUGGAUUUUCAGAGAAUCGCAGAGUCAUCACUGCGGUGGUUACGUGGCGAAGUGGUCACGCGAGAGGGAAGUGAAGUGAGCUUCUCAGAGAUGAACUGUGAAGAAUGAGCUCUAAUCUUUGAGCAAAAAGCAACCGAUUCUGAAUAUGAGGGUAGAGAGCUUGAGAGUGAAGAGUGAAGAUUGAAGGUGAGGAAUGAAAAAACUAGAAAAGCUUCUGAUUGCACUGUUAUAUACAUGGUAUUCUCAACCAAAUCGGGCAACGGAUCGGGCAGGGAUAAGUCAAAAUUGGACCUUAGCUUGCAGUUCAGCUGGAUUUGCACGUUACUUCUAUGAAGGUUUGUUGUGGUUGGAAGUUCUGCUGUUAAAAUGUUAGUUUGUUUUGUUAGUUACAAGUCUGUCAAAUCAAUUUAAAAUUAGUUAGGUUAAGUUAGAGAACUAGUUAGUCAUGGUUAUUAUGAAAUUAGAAAAAAAAACUUAACUGUUAGUCAAAGUCCUGCUGUUAGUUAUUUCCCAUUUUUUGACUCUGUUAGUUUUAUUUAUAAUCGAUUGCUUUGAAAUUAUGUUACUACAAAAGGUUAGAUUGAUGUUAGUAAAUCUGUUAGCAAGUUGAUGGUGAGAUCUGUCAUGGCCUAUUAGUAUCAGAAACAUUAUUAGUGAAGGCCAAGACCAUGACCAAACACUUGCCUGAUUAUUUGAUGUAGAACUUACUUGCUGAAACUUUCCGCUAUGCUAAUGAUUGUCUUGGUGCAUGACUUGUCAUUGGGCAUGAGCGCCGGGAGCUGUUACCGCAGCAAGUUGUAUCAGUUAAGUUGUUAUGACUAAUUUUGGGAAUCUGCUAACGACUCGUUUUAGACAGCACUAGCUAGUGUGUUUUGAGUUGCUCACUUGCCAACAACUUAAUAAUUGUAAUGGAUUUGAAGUUAAUUGAGAAUUUUGCCACCGAUACUUAGUAAAACUCGAUUAAAAUGUCGUUUACGAUGGUUAUAACAUACUGCUAUGUUGUUAAAAAGCUGUUUGAAUGGUUUGAAUUGUGAGUUGUUUAGAAAACCAUGUUAAUAACUUGAAGUAGGGUUAGUGACGGUAUUACAUGAU